AUGUGGACUCCCACAAAAACAAACAAAUAUGGAGUUGGUAAGUUGUUUUUAAAUAAUCUUUUGUGAAUGAAAAUAUUUUAAUUCUAAUUUAAUAUAAUUUAUAAAUUCUAUGUUCAGUAAUAUAUAACUGGCAUGGCGAUAAUCCAUAUGGCCUACAUCUUGAAAUUGGAGAUACUGUUCAGAUCCUUGAACAAUGUUGUGGUAGGUUUAUGCAGUUUUUAAAAUUAAUUCAUCAUGUUUUAAUGUCAUUGUAUUUAUCAUUCAGGUUGGUACAGAGGAUUCAUUACUAAAAAUCGAUCUGUUAAGGUGAGCCAUAAUACUAAUUAAUAAUUGAAUAACAAUUAUAUUAUAAUAUUAUCUAUAAUAAAUAUUUACAAUGUUUUAUUUACAAAUUAGGGUAUAUUUCCAUCAACAUACAUCCAUUUGAAACCAUUCAGAGUAGAAAAUGAAGGGUAAAUAUUUAUUUUAAAAUAAUAAAUAUUAUAUUUGGUUACCUAUUUCAAUUAUAAUAUUAAAUUAUAGAAGCUUUGAAACAGCUAUACCAUUAGAAGAUUCAGUUGUUAGAGAGGUAUCAAUGGUUUUACGUGAUUGGAAUUGUAUAUGGAAGUCAUUAUAUGUGGUAUGUCAAAAAACUCAAUUGAUAAUAAAUAUUAUUUUGUCUACAUCAUACCAUAUAAUUAACAACAGUUUCAGUGUUAAAAAUGUAUGACAAAAUUAAAGCUAUUAAUUGAUAAAACUAAUUUAAUCAUUGGUUUUCAGGUGAUUAAAAUAAUAAAUAAAUAAUGGAACUAGAAAUUUAAAACAUUCAAUAAAUAUCUAACUCAAAGCAUUAAAGAAAUUUUAAUUAUUAUAAAAAUUGUAAAAUUAUAUCUAUGGACUAGGUAAAUAAUUUCUAAAAAAUAAAUAUAGAUUUAUCAAUAAAUUAUCAAAUGUCUUGAGGUUGUAAUUAAUAUACUAUUCAGUAUGUUUGAUGGAUGUUACUAUGCACCUAUUUUAGUUUUCCAGUCCAUUUUAUAAUUUUAAGAUAUAAUAAAACAUAAUAUUUAAAAGUGAUAAUUGAUAUAAAAAUUGGAGAUUUUUAAUUGUUUAUAUUUACCUAUUGUAUUUGUUUUAAUAUAUAUAGAAAAAAAUGAAUUUAAUUCAAUUUUAUACUUUUGAAUUAGUUUAUGUUUAAAAUGAACAUUCUAAUGUAUGUUGAUUAUUUUUAAUGAUAAUAUUUAUAUUUUUAGGAACGCGAAACGUAUAAGUUCACUACACUACGAAAAGUAAUGCGAGAAUUAUUGGAAUGGAGAAAACAAUUGUUAACUGGGACAUUAACUCAAGACCAAACAAGGGAACUGAAAUUGAAGAUAACUGCAAAAAUAGAUUGGGGAAACAGGUAAAUAGGAAUAAUUGCACGAUAAUUAAUUUUACUAUUAUAUUAAAUUGUACUUCCAAAGAUAUAAUACCAAUGCUGGACACGUGCCCCAUACAAUUUUUUUUUUAUUAGUUAUUUCGUUGUAUUUUAUUAUUUUUAAAAAUAGUAAAUAAUAAUACAAAUUAUAAGCCAUUUACUUCAUAUUCAAAUUUUACGCGAAUCUUUAUAUUGUAUAAUAGUGUUUUUUUCUAGCACUGUUAAUAUUACAUUUUUUUUUUCAAUCAGUUUCUCUUCAUGGGAAAUAUUAAUUUGGAGAAAAAUUAAAUUUGUAUUUUUAUCCCCUAAACACAAAAUUAAAAUAACUUUUUAUUUGUUUACUUUAGAAAAUAUUUAAGAGUCAUUUUUUUAAAAAAUAUUCUAAAAAUUUGUAUACAUCACAUUCAUAUACGAUUAAUAGUUCUUUAAUUACAGUCUUUUUAAUUUCUAGAAAAUAAGUGUGAAAUCAAUUAAUAGUCAAUAUAAGGUAAACAAUUAGCAUGCUGAAAGUAAUUCCUUAUCGUAUAAUGUGUUAUUUUAUUGAAUAUGAAUAUGAAUAUCAGGUUAAAUGUGUGAUACAUUAAAAAUUUUUGAAUAAUAUUUUUUAUAAAAUGACUUUUGAAAAUUGUGUAAAGUGAAUAAAUAAAGUUAUUAUUAUAAUUUUUUUGUAUUUAGGGGAGGAAAAUAAAAAUUUAAUAUUAACAGCGCAAGAAAAAUCUGUUGAACACACUGUAUACUGGAAUGUGGUAUUUUAAAUUUAUUUAAUUUUAAAUAUUAUAUAAAAUACAAUUGGACAUUUUCCCGGUCCCUUUUCAAUAUUUUUAUCGGUUUUAACAAAUAAUAAACAAUUUGGUAGAUAACUUAUCAAAGAUAGACUAGACCCUAAAUCUACUUAUAAUUUAAAAAUAACUUUUAAACCAAUAUUACUGUUUUUUUAAGGUUUUGAAUUUAUAUUUUAGUUUCAAAGUGUAGUGUGAAAUGUAUUGGUUUGUAGUGAUGUUAAUUUUUUUACUGUAUACAAAAUUGCUACCAGAAAUCUUGCUCCGAUGUAUCAUGUGUAGCAACUUCUCUGAAAGGAAAUUAUGUUUAGGUGUUACUGUGAAAAUUUUUCAAGUAGAUUUCAUGAUAAUUUGGAAAAACUGGAAUGUAAACAAAUUUACAGCAUAAGAUUAUAUUAUUUUAAAUUUGUAUGCUUUAUGUUUUCUACCAGAACUAUUGCUCCAAUAGAAAAACCUAAUGUCAAGAGACCUUUUUGUUGCAUUUUUAUCCUAGUUGGUAGGUAGAAAGUCAUUUUUUGAUUUUCCGAGAACUUUUUUUAAUAAUUGAGCAAAACCGAUAUAAAAAAAAAAAACAAACAGAAAAAUAAUAUCAUUAUUAAUUUUAUAUUUUUGUCAUAUUUCACUUAAUAAUAUUUGUAGAGGCUUACAAUUUUAACAGAAAACUUAUGUGAUCAAAUUUUCAAAACAUUUGAGCUAUUUAUAGACAUUUAAUUUUUUUGAGAUUUUGCAUACAUUUUUUUGUAAGGUACUCCGUAAAUAAAAUUGUUUGCCUAAACAAAAAUGCUUGAAAAUUUAACAAGAGAUUCAUGAUAAGUCAUACUUGGUGGGCAAAAAAAAAAAUUUAGGUUUAAUAAAGUUUAUUUUUCAGAAUACUUUUAAUAUCAAAUUUUGAUGAAAAUUUUCCUAUAUUGUCUUAUCUUAAGUAUUCUGUCCUCUUAAUUUCUACUUGCAAUAGGGAUGUAUCUGUGUCUCCAGUAUUAGCCCUUAUUUAAAUGUAUUACUAUUAGUACUUACUCUAUUUAAUAAAAUAUGCAAAUUGGUGUUGAUAAAAUAUUUAGUGACUUAUUCAGUUGAUUUGUCUUAAUUUCUUCCAUAUUCACUGAUCAAUGAUUAUAAUGCCAAAUAAAUUCUUAUGAAUUGGUUGAGAACAGCUGGCUAGGGUUAAGUUUAAGAAUGUGUAAUGAAAACUAGUUUUUUUUAUAGUCAUGCUAUGAUUUAUCUUAAUAUUAAAUAUCUUAUAUAAAACUUUACAAAUAUUUUUUUUUUUUUUAUUAGUAGCCUAACUUUAAAAAUAAAACAUUAAACAGUUAUACUUGAAGGAAGUUUUAAAAAUCGCAUAUUAUAGUAUUACUAUACAAGUACUAAAUAUUAUUUAAAUAACAUACAAUGUGUUCCACUAUGUUCGACGGAUUUUUGUAGAGCUGUUAUUAAUAAAUAUUUUUCAAUUUUUUUUUUCUGUAUGUUUCUCUUCGAAGGGUACAUCGAUUUGGAAAUUUUAAUGUAUUACACAUUCAUAUCCGAUGAAUAAUUUCUUAGUAAUAGCCAUUUUAAUUUCUACAAAUGUGAAAACAAUUAAUAUUUAAUAAUAAUCACAAUCGCCACACGGUAAUUCCUUAUCGCAACAGUAGUUUAUUGAAUAUUAUUUUCACACUUUUUUUCAUCGGAUAUGAAUGUGUGAUACAUUAAAAUUUUUAGAAUAAUAUCUUUUACAAAAUGGCUAAUUCAAUAAUUUUGUAAAGUAAAUAAAUAAAAAAAAAAUUUUUUCUUUCUAAAAAUGUAUUUUUACUGAUUAAAAAAAAAAAUUUAAAAAAAAUUUAAUACUAACAACUCUAAAACAAUCAGUCGAACAAAGUGGGACACACUGUAUAAAACACAAUUGGCAUUUGAAAAUUAUUGUUGUUAUUAAAUUUCAAAAUAUCAAAUAAUAUAUGAAAUGCAGCUGGUUCAAUAAAUUAGAUAAUGAAAGUGAAAUAAAAACCGACCUUUUUUUCGUUACAAUAUAGCAAUAAGAAUAGUAGUGUAAAUGAGUAAUAUUCAACCUGAAUGUUGCGUGUGAUAGGGGGUCACUUUAACCAUAAGUAUUAUAUAUAAUGUAUAAUGUCCUAAGUGAGAAAUAAUCAGUAUCGGACUGUGUUGUUCAACAUUUUAUUCUUACUAUCAACAUCGGGGAUGAUUAAUGUUGGUAUAUUUUAUCUAAUUGAAUUUCAUUUUUCUGAUUUUCUUUCUACUGCUUUUAAUAUUGGUGAAAAGACAGGAAUGUUCACACAAAGUUUAAUUUACAGAUAUUAGUGAUGUGACCGUCUAUCAGCCACAAUCUCAUAUUGAUUUCUAUUAAAAACGCAGUUUCAUUAGAUUUAAGUUAAACAAUAUUAUCUUUUAUCUCUCAAAAAAAUUUGCUUAAUCUUGUUGGUCAUCACAUUUGUCUGCUUGUAAAUAGAUAUUUCUGUUAAUUUCAAUUUUUUGUUGCGAUUCAAUGAACAAUUUCGAUAGAGGCCUGAAAUUUUAACCAAAUAUCAAAUAAUAUUAGCACUUUUAAUAUUUCGUAGAGUAAUACGAUUUCCAAAGUAUUCUGGGUUUUUUUUUUUAGUUACUUAGCUAGGGCAGAGAACAUGUAGCUCUAAAAAAUACAACACAUAAUAUGCAAGCAUUUAUGUUACUAAUAUUAUUAUGCACUUAAGAUAGAUUCAAAAAAAUAAAAACUUUUUGUCUUAAUAAAAUUUUUACUUUUAAUCAUGGUAUAUAAUUCAACUAAACGAAAGGUAAUUGUUUUUUAAUUUAAGUUAAUGGAUUCAAACUUAAAUAUAAAUUGGUAUAUUACAUUGAUUGAUUUUUAAAAAGAUUUAAUUUAACAUUUCUUCUUAACACUAAAAAAUAACAUUUUUACUAAUAAUUUUCGUUUUGAUAAAUGUAAUUUCAUUAAGAAAUAGUGUAAGAAGUCUGAAAAAACACCUAAAUAACAUAAAAACCUACAAAUGUCUUAAAGUGCAAAAAGAUCAAAAUAUAUAUUUUAAAAUUAUAAAUUUGGCAUUGGCACUUUUAUGACUGCACAAAAUAAAUACACAAAUGCUUACUUAGAGCUAUUUGAAAUGUUAAAAUUGUUUGGUUUAUGUGUAAUUAUUAAUAAAUAAGGUUUGGAUGUUUAUACAAUUACAUACUUUUUUAUAUUAUUUUAGUUAAUACCUAGUUAUAAAUUAAUUUCAUAUUCUAUUGAAUUGAUGAAUUAUACCAUUUUUAUUUUGCAUGAUUUUAAGAUUUUAAAAAUAUGAACACAUGUAAUUAAUAUUGAAACAUUUUUAACUUCUUAUCAAUUCAAAUAAAAUAUAUCCCCAUUUCCUUUGAUAAUAGUUAUAUAUAUAUGGGUAAUAUAAGAAUAUGUCUUUAAUUAUCUAUAACAUUAGGUGUACAUUAUUACAUUAUUGUAAAUCAAAUUUUGGGAGUCCUCUUGCUAUAUUCUUGUUUUCCUUUUAUCGGAUAAUAAACAUUUAAUUGAAUUUGAACAUGGAUUUAAAUUUAUAUCAUCAAAAUAUUUUUUUUAUCAUACUAAAUACUAAAAUAAAAUAAAAAUUAAUAAUAAGUUUGUGUAGUCUUUAUAUAAAAAUUAUCAAUGAGAAAUUUUUUUAUUAAGUAAUUUAUUAAAGUGUCUAUUUUAAUACAUAAAAUUGUCAUUUAAACUUAUUAUUAAGUAAAAUCAAAUCAUUAAUAUUACAUGGGGAGAUUUCAAUAAAUCGCAUGUAUGAUAUUGACAAUUUUUACAUUUUUUUUUUUAUUGUGUAAAAAUAAAUUAACUAAUAUGUCCAUAUUAAAUUUCACAAUAAAUCUUAUCACAAUCAAUUACAAUUUUAACAGAAGUUGUACUUCCAAAUUAAAAUCAAAAUAACUUAUUAAAUAUUUAAAUACAAUUAAAAUUAUAUUUGUUUACAUUAAUUAGCGCCAAAGUAUAUUCAUAUAAUUACUUUUUAAUUGUUUAAAUAUUAUACGUAAUUUUAUUUAUGUAGGAAUAGUUAGAUAUCAUUUGUAAUACCUACAGAAAACUUAUAAAAAAUGAAUAUUAAAAUAAAAUACAUAAUUAAAAAUAAUAAUUUUGUCCUAAUACUAAUUAUUGUGUAUAAAUACUAGUUAGACAUUAAGAAGUUUAUUAAAUUACAUAAUUUAUUAAUUGAUGUUUUCUUAUGCAAAUGGAAUGUUUUUCUUAGUAACACGACAAUAAAUUGAACACAAUUUGAGAUUUAAAAUUUCUCCAAAUGUUUUUUUCUUAAUAAUUAAUAUACACCGAUUUAUGUUGUUCAUCAAGUCUAAGCCUCAGUUUCUUUAUGAAGUCUUAGUUUAUCUGUAGGAUAUAUUGGAGAUAAUUCCAAGGUUGAAGGGGCAGUUGGGUAAUUAUUACCAUGAUGAAGGUGUGAACUUAGUUCAUCCAAUACUAUUUUAAACUCAAUCAUAUUCAUGUUUUGGCCUAAUAAGUGCAGCAAUAAGAAAUCUCCCACCUAAAAUAUAAUAAAAUAUUUAAUUAGGUUUAAAAGAUUUAUUAGUACAAUGUGGUUGUUAGUAACAUCAAUUCUAUAUCUUUAUUGUAUUGGAUAUGAUAAUAAAAAUAUUUAUAUAAUAGUUUUCAUAAAAGUAUAUUUACUUGUGUUUUUCUAAUAAGUGCUGAAACUGUUUGUGGUGUACCAAAUUUAAAGCGACGUAGCAAAAUUGUUUCUCUUAUUGAAGGCAAUGUGACCACAGCUAUACUAUAUGCCAAAGCCAUAGCAGAUAUAAUUGCCAAUAUAAUGAACCAAAACCAUAAGACUAUAUAUAUUUUUUCAUUCAAUAUGUUUAAUGCUAAUACACAAAGUGCAUCAUGCUCUUGAAUUGUUCCAGAUGGACCAAAUUUGUGAAAUGUACAUUUAGUCACUCUUGGAAAAACAGCAACCAUAGGAUCAUAUCUAUUUUCCUGAUCCAUUUGACUAAAUUGUAAAACUCUUGAACCAUAGGUGAAAAAUUCUCCUCCCAAAAAACUGUCAAUAAGGAACAUGUUUCCAAUUACGUUCAAAAAGUUUAAUACCUGAGAAAUAGAAUUAAAUGUUACAAGUUAAAAUUUAAAAAAAAUUUCAUUUCUUUAUUAAAAAUAUUUACUUCACAUAAGAAAUAUCCUGAAGCGUAGACAUUGUGCAUAUGAAGCGUAUCAAUAAGAUAUUUAACUAAUUGUUGUUGACGAGAUAUUCUGUCCGUGUUUGACCCAAUAGAGGUGCCACGUACACCAUCUGUGAUCAUACGGAUUUUACCUUCUUCCCAAUUUUUCCAUAGCAUAUGGGGCACAUAAAAAAGAAUUCCUUGGAAAAAUAGCAUAAAAGGCACCCACUGGUAAUAUGAAUGGUAUCGUACUGGAUCUUCAUUAUCAACAUAAUUGGCUACACCAGGAUGAGCUACUUGUGUACCAAGACCUUUUCCGAUUUUAUCCGGCAAUGUAAAAGUAUGAGUGAUCCAGCAAAAUGUGUUAAUGACAUGUUCCGGAAUAGCACCAUCGGUUAAACAAGAUAUAGGAUCACCUAAAAAUAAAAUCAAUAAUUCAUUCUAUUUUAAAAAAACUAAUAAUCGUAUUACGUUUUGAUAGUUGCUGGUUUUACUUAUAAUUCAUUAGAAGACAAUUUAGAAUUAAAAUAUUGAAGAAAACAUUUUGUAGUUUUUGGUUAGUUUAAUAAAAAUAAUAAUAAUAAUGAUGCUUAAAUUUAUUUAAAAAAAAAUUGGGGAAAGGGGUAUGAGAUCUGUGUAAUUACAUCACUACGUUGAACUCGUGCAAUAUUAAUUAGUGUUUAUGAUUAAUAAUAAUCUACUCUACCAGGGUACCCAACACUUGCUUAUUAUUUAUAGGUCCAGGGUCAAUUGAAAGGAAUUGCCUCCUUUAUUACAACAACAAUAUAAAGCAGCGUUCUCGCCCAUUGAUUGUUAUUCCGAAUAAUAAAUUUUAUUUUCAAAUUCGUAUUAGGUUAUUAUUAAUAAUAAUAAAACUCACCAAUUAGAUUAUUAGCUGUGACCAAUAUGCAGCAUCCGAAGAGUAACGCCGUGGUGACACGGUAGUGCGCUCUGAAUACAGUAUUGUCGAUGUUGGCCUUGUCCACCAGGUAACGCACCUUAAUGAAGCCGGCUAUCGCCGACAGCAUCGGAAACGCCAUUGUCCUUUAUUAAUAUCUAUCUAUAUUGAGGACACAUAUAUUAUAAUAAUAAUAUUAUAUAGAACGAUAUAUAUUUUCAAGAAUAUUGGUCGCUUUAAUUUAGUGCGAAAAAUCAAAGGAUAUAUAGAUAGAAUUAACCCAACGACAACGGGAGAAUGAAACUUAUACACAACAGUCUUUAAAUGUAACACGGGGACGGGUAGUAACAGGUAUUGAGGUAUCCGUCGUCGUUUUCUGAUGUCAACAGCCUCCUCCUGUGUGUUGCCAGUUCUCCCACUCUCCCCGCAGGUAGAGUUUUGUGUUCGUCGAAUGUACCGGGUCCUCAGACGGCCGUCUACAAUUAUUAUGUAUACGUACAAAACUGGUUUUUCUACUCGAUCGCGCACACCACACACAAAAACUAACCGCGCGCGCACACACGCACAGCCCGCAGGUAUAUUUAUAUUAUACGGUUUACGAAUAUACGCACGCACACAGACACGCAAGCAUAUUAAUAUUCCGAGAUGUAUAAUAAUAUAUUACUUUGGGUAAAAGGAGAGGAUAAAUUGUCUGAAUAUAGUGAGUCACGGUACCUACUAGGUAGGUAACAGUAUUAUGUAGGUAUAGGAUAUAAUAUUCUCGAGUUUUUCCCGAGCGCGCGCCAGCAUGCUGACGUACGCUCGCAACAAUUUAAUUACACAAUAAUAAUGUUAUUUCUCACUGUAACAUCGCGGUGCUUUUACAGAGACUACUCGGAUAUCGGAACAGCUGGUACAAUUAGGGACACGGUAUUGUGUUGCCCGUGCCCAUAUACGUAGUGUAUAUCACAGUGUAUACACAAAAGCCAACGAACACAUAAACACCCAAUAAAAAAAAAAAAAAAAACCUAGACAAAAUGGUGUUACACACACGCAUGACGACACUGUCUCCGUCGUUUUCCGAGAAAAGACCACCCUACGGAAUUCUACAAUAGGUAGUACACUGUUGGUCGGUACUAAAAACACGAUACCGUAGCCCAUAACGAAAUUAUUGUUGUGGCCGUGUUAUACGAUUAACAUGGCAUAACUUUCAAUACGCGAACCGACGGCAAAAAAAAACAUAAGGAUGCGCGGACACGCAAUUAUUAUAUAGCCAGUCAGGUGUUCGCGGCGUGAGUCGAACGCGUGCAACAGCAGCUUGCCAGCAACAAGUUGCCGUCGUGCCGUAGCAUCGCGCGAUUAGAUUAGAAUAUUAUUCGUGGCGAUCGCAUUUAAAAACGCCCUACACUCGACGAGUGACGCGCAUGUUCGCGAAAUAAUAAUAUUUAUCAUCGUAUUGUGCGUACCGCGUAAAACGCAUUAUUAUUUUACGCACUCGGAACGUUCUCGAAAGAACCGCAAAGGCUCACAAACCCGACCGGAAGAUGCGACACAAUAAUAUUAUUGGAUAUUGUAUUACAAUUGUAUUUACGCAAUGUUAAAAUAUUAUUAUUAUUAAACGUGUUCUACGUACCAGUUUAGUGUAUAUAUUAUUAUAUUACGACAAUAAUAUAACAGUUGGUUUAUCGUAUCGAUGAUAUCUGAUAAACGAUAACGAUAUUAUUUGUUUUUGUUAAUAUUGUAUUCGUAGGCUUUUGAGGUCCGCAACAGUUGUGGUUUCGGAAAAUAAAUGUAAACAGAAAAAUUGAGAAAAGAAUUGUGAGGGAAAAAAAAAUCGUAAUCCAAACGAAUUGGCGCUCGUCCGCGCCUCGUCAAUGCAGUCAACGCUACUAAACACUAGACACUGAAUUAUAGUCACUGUAGUUGUGACGUACACUGUACACAAACCGAACGGCACACGGGUCGGCCGCCGCCACUGGAACGUGUAGCGCUCAAACCGGUAUCGGCGGUAUCCGCUGUGCGGAGCAGCAUUGCAAUGCGGCGUAAUGCACUCGGUGUGUAAUAUACAUAUACAUAAUAGAACAACAUAUAGAUACUUCGAGUCUUGUUCACGACGAGACAUUUUUUUUUUUUUUUUCUAUCCUGGUGGAGAAUUUCCCUCCCCCUCCCCUUUCCCACCGUCGCUCGAUCGACUGUAAAAAUUUUCGUUCGGAAUUCGAUUUUCAACCGGACGACGGUUACGGAUCGCGCGUAAAUCCUAUAAUUAUUAUAAUAAUAUUAUUAUUACUCGGGUAUGAUAUUCUUGCACGCAAUAUCGUUAUUAAUAACGGCAGUCCGGUAGGUAGCGCUUCGCGGACAAUUAUCCGAUAUCGUUAUUCGUAUUAAUAUAACCAUUAUAAUAUUCGGUACAUUUUAUUUCACCAUCGACGAUUAUUCCUCGUAUCCGUCGGAACGGACUGUCGGCGUUUUUUAGAAAAAAAAAAAAAAAUCCGUUUCCAACAUUUGCAUUUGCCCCGCCGCGCCGCGCGCCGCCUCGGGCUUGCUGCGACCGGUCGUAGCUAGGAUAAUCGAGAAAAAAACCGGGCGUGUAACCAUCGAAAUAUCGAAUGCAUAUUUUGUAUUUUUAAACUCAGACAAAUUAACGUGAUAAAUUACAAUAUUAUUAUACUUGUAAUUAUUUGUUGUUAAAUGUGUACAGUGUAAUAUUAGUUACGGAGUGUAUACACACGCGCGCUACACCCCACCGGUGUGAGAAGGUACCUGCUAUUAUGAAAAAAAGAAAGUUUGGACGCGCUGAGAAUACAAUAUUUUGAAUAUACGAAUCUCGUUUAACAAUAAUGUAGAUGAAAAUCGAAAAAAAAAACCGUCCGUUUUAUUAUGUAACACAUUUCUUUUGUUCUUAUGUACAAUUUGAACCGAGAAUGAUUUCUUUGCAUUUAUUAUUAUGACAAUAUUUAUAAUAAAAUACAGCAAAAACUAAAGCUGAAAAAUCAAACAAAAUACAAACACAAUAUUUUAUGUAAACGUCUUUUAUUCGAUAUUACACAACGAUAGUGUGUAUAACAGGAUAUAAAAUAUUAUACUUGUACCUAUAGUCUUACACCUAUAUUAAAUUUGGUAGAUAUAGGUAACAAAAAAGCUGAUACAGCUAAUAGCUGUAUCACUGUUUUUAAUGAAAAGUUGGAAGGGAGAAUAUUUAGAGUUAAAUUUAUAUCUGAAUGUAACAAUAAAAGAUCGUAAGCAAUGGCCAUUGAAAACCGAUUCUUAGCAGAAUUUAUCGAUCGUAUUUUUCGUUUAUUACCGAAGUAAUCGAGAAAUCAACAAAAAUUGUACAAAAAAGUGGCAACUAGUUUUUCCCAUUUAAUAAAAAAAUACAAGGAAAAUCAAAAAAUGAUCUAAACACAUCAACUUCAUCAAAACUGCUACAAGAAUAUUCUUAAACAAUUUUUGAUUGAAGCAAGAUUUCUGAUAUAAAAGUUCUUUACAAACGAAAAAAUAACACUUCAUUGUAAAACCAAUACACUCCUCGAUUCCCUCAAAAUUUAAAAAAAUUGAUUUUCUUAGAAAUGUUUAAAUUACGGCUAAUUGAUUUAUAAUAAUCUAUAUGUAUAACAGUACUACUACUGAUACAGAUAAAUUAUUAUUUAUUAUAAUUAUCUAUUUUUGUAAUUCAUUAAUUUGGUAAGUAUUUUUUUUUAAUUUUCCAGGUAUUUAUUAUAAUAUUACCUACUUUUAUAUUAUAGUAAUUUGAAUAAUAUAUUAUUUUAUCCUAUGCUAAGUAUUUAUGUAUUUGGUAGUUAGUAUCAAGGUCCUCUAAGGAUUUUUAGUUGGUACUAUAGGUAUAUAUUAUUAGUUGUACGAUACCUACAUUAAUACAAAAUUUCAAAACAUACUCUUCGACCUAUCUACCUACCUAUAAAUUUGCCUUUCAACCGCUACACAACUACGAUUCAAAUAUGUGUGACCCAAAUCAUUUGUUAUUUGUCUGUUGUACCCUGAGUGAUCAACAAAGGUUCUUUUUCCCGCACUUAUUGUGGCAUAGGUACUUCUAUCAGCAUUCUUUACACCAAAAUUCUUUAACGCAUAUAGAAUGCUCUAUUGUCUACAAUAAUAAUAAUUGAUGGCGGAUCUAGUCGAUGGCAUUAUUUUUAAUGGUUUUGUCAUUUUCAUCAAUUUUACUUAGCCGUUUCUGAUCGAAAUCUGAUCGAAAUUUUAUGGAUGUAACUCAAAAUCAUUUACAACAACUUCGCGCCGGUUUAUUUCUAAAUUAAAUUACUAAGAUUGUAAAAAUAUGUAUUUACUUAUAAAUCGGUGCUCUAAUAAUUAUCUACAUUCAUAUUUAUGUUUCAAGGAUAAUAUUUCAGUUACAUCUAUAUACACAUAAAUGAUAAAUUUAUAUAGGUGGGUGUAGGGUUAGUUAAGAUUAUAUUUAUCAUAAAUAAAACGGGUCAUAUAAAGAAAAAAUUGUCAAUUUUUAAAUUUGAAUUUUACGAUUAAAGUUUUUAAAUUUUAAGUGAACAAAUAUAAUAAUAAUAUAAGUAGGUACUAUCUAUCAGUUUAACUUUCUAGUUUGCAUUUAAAUGAUAAUUAUAAAUAAAUUUAUAAUUUAAGACUUUUUUAUUAUUAUUUAUUUGCAUUUUAAUAUUUUUGUACAUUGCAAUUUGCAUAUCUAAUAGUUCGGUAUUUCUUAUAUAGAUACAUAUCUAGUACUACUAUGCGAUUUAAAUAGUUGUUAAACUUGUAUUCCCGAAAUAUUUCAUGUAGUGUUAAUAACAUGCUGCCCAUAAAUGGUCGCUGUAGACCCGUUUUAAAAUUAAUAAUUUACCUAUACCUACUCUUUAAUUAUUACUUUUAAUGUAUUUAUGUUUUCCACCAAAAAUCUUAUUCCAAUUGAAAAAUAACUUGAGAUUAAUUUUGUUCUUAUUAACAUUUAUAAUAUAACCAGUUCAUUAAAGUCAUUCGAAUAAUAUAUUAUUUUAUAAUUAUUGUAUGCUAUGCUAAGAAUCUGCAGACGUCACCCGACGCGAUUCAAAUUUCAGCCGCGUCGCACUAGUUCAUUUGUUGGUAGAUGGAACCGAUUCCUAUGACAGUCGCUGCGGCGCGCCACCGUCGCGCGAGGCCGCGACCAUGGAUCAGCUACUGCUUCGAAAGGUGUCAAAUCGCGGACGCGCGGCGGUGUACACAUAUAUAUUUUCUAGUGCACAUAUAUUGGCAUAUUGCAUUUACAUUUUAAAAUUAGAUUUUAGUAGACUUACCCUAAUGUAACUACUAAUUUUUUCGGCUGCUGAUAUCGGCUUUGGAAAUUUUAUACUUGGACUAGUUGUAAUAUCGUUCUCUAUUUUAUUUAAGACGUACGUGAAUUCAUCCUAACUUAAUCUCAAAAACUCCCUAAAUUUACUCUCAUCUCUCCACAAAUGUUUUUCGAUGAGAAUACUGAAAACACCUUCUGUUUUCCUAGUUAAAAGUAUCUCAUGUGCCUUGUUGGGUUUGUUAAACACUACCCUAUUAAUAAUUAUUUGUUCUUAUCCAUUUCUUGUAAAAGAAGUAAAUUUAAAAUUAACUUUUGUUUUUUGUUUAAAGACAUUUUGAAAAAGAAACAGAUAAUUAUUGUAAAAAAAUACGUCUUGUUACUUACAGAGAAUUGCUACAAAUGGUUCGGCGCGGCGUGACAGCAGUCGCGUAGGAAUCCAUACCCAAGCCGCGCGGCCAAAAAAUCGACAGCGCGGCUGAAAUUCGAAUCACGCCGGGCCGCGGCGCGUCUGUAGACGCAUCCAUAGAAAUCACACCUUAAACAUUUUUAGUUGGUACUAUAGGUACAUAUUAUUAGUUGUACGAUACCUACAUUAAUACAAAAUUUCAAAAUAUACUCUUCGACAUAUCUACCUACCUAUAUAUUUGCCUUUCAACCACUACACAGCUACGAUUCAAAUAUGUGUGACCCAAAUCAUUUUUUAUUUGUCUUUUCUACCCUGAGUGAUCAACAAAGGUUCUUUUUCCCGCACUUAUUGUGGCAUAAGUACUUCUAUCAGCAUUCUUUACACCAAAAUUCUUUAACGCAUAUAGAAUGCUCUAUUGUCUACAACAAUAAUAAUUGAUGGCGGAUCUAGUCGAUGGCAUUAUUUUUAAUGGUUUUGUAAUUUACAUCAAUUUUACUUAGCCGUUUAUCUGGUCUUUUAAUAAUUUAUAUUACCUACCUAAUACCUACUGUAUGAAUCAAUGAUUUUUUGUACACAUUUUUUUGGAAAAUAUUAAAAUUCAUCACUCAUAUUACAUAUAAAAUUAAAAAAUAGUUGUUUUCACUAUAAUACCACAAUACCACAAGGGAUGAUUGCAUUAUGAAAAUGAUAUAAAAUGUGUAGGUACCUAUUGUUAAAAAUUUGAUAUUAAUUAUAAACCAAUAAAACAAAUAUGUCGUAUUAAAAACUGUUCUUUUCAGGAACAACCCUAUUAAAACAGCCCUUUUUAGGGCUACCUAAUGUAUAAAUUCCUUACAAAAUACUAAAAAAAAAUCCACGAUGUCCGUGAAAAUCGAAAAUCUGAUCGAAAUUUUACGGAUGUAACUCAACAUCAUUAACAACUUCGCGCCGGGUAAUAAUUAUCUACAAUCAUAUAUAUGUUUCAAGGAUAAUAUUUCAGUUACACCUAUGGCCUCUGACUAAGAACGUCGUUGUUUUUGAUACCCAAAGUAGUUAAAUAUUAGUCCGAAAAACCUAAAAAAAAAAAAAAAUGAAUAUGACAUUUUUUUUUCAAAUUUUAUAAUUUAAAAUUUGUAUAGCUUACGUUUCCUAUUAUAAUUAUGGCUCCAAUAGAAAAAUUGUGAAAUUUUUUUUUCUUGUUUUUUUAAUGUAGUUGGCGAAUAAGAAUGUCCGUCUUUGAUUUUCUCUGUAGGUUUAUUAAUAACUAGCUGUCCCGUGCCGGCGUUGCCCGUGCUAAUUUUUAUUAUUUUACCUUUAUUUCCAUAUUACUUCGUUCGUAUGCCAUAUCAGUAUAUUGAAUCAAAAAAAAAAAAAAAAUUAGGAGGAAAGUGAGUAGUCUGCGGACUAAAAGUAUUCUAGUAUCUAGUGUAUCAUACAUUUUUUAAUUCGUUUUACUAUAGAUACCUGCACAACACAGAGAUUAAACUAUAUAUAACCCUAAAAUUAUGAGGACAUAAUAGUACUUGUAGUGUUGUUACUGUACCAAAAAUUAUAAAGAUUCAGAAAUGACGUUUUACGUGUUUUCACUUUUCACAUAUCCACCUGUUCAGCGAAUAGAUUUUUUUUUCCAUUCAUAUUACUAAGGUAACCCAUCCUAUUUCAAGCCAAUAAUAGAACAGUAAAGUUUUAGAUAGACUCUUUAUUUUAAGUUGUUAUAGUUGUUAUGCCAUUUUUAUUUUUAUAUAUUUUUUCUUUUUUUGUUUUAAAUUUGUUUUCAUUUCAUCCGUGUUUUUAUGGUAAUCUAUAAAUCAACAAAAAUAAUUUAAUUUUCGUACCAAAAGUACCUAAAACUUUUUAUGCCAUAUUUCACCUCCUUCAAGUUUUAUAUUCACGGAAAAAGUAGCUAAUGUUUUUCUCCUAGGUUACAUCUAUAUCUAUACUAAAAUUCAUAAAAAUCCAUUCAGUAGUUUUUGUAUGAAAGAAUAUCAAAUUUUCUAUACAUCAUCACAAACUUUUACGUCCAUAAUAUUAUAGUAGGAUUAGGAAAAUUCGGAAAAUACGUAGAAAUAUAAGAAAAUUUAAGAAAAUAUUUUUUUUUUUAAAUUUAAUUCAAUUAAACAUAUUCAUAGAGACUUGACAUUUGGAUAGAAAUCUUAUAUUUGUCUUUUAUAGGCGUGGUCAAAUUUUCAAAACACAUGAACCAUUUAUGAGCUAUUUAUAGUUAUUUUAAUUUUGCAAGUUUUGUACAUCUUUUUUAAUUGGUAGGUACUUUGUCGAUUAAAUUGUUAGAUUAAACAGAAAUGCUUGAACAUAUACAGGACUUAAAUAGGUAUAAAACAAAAAAUAUAUUUAGUGUAAUUUAGUAUUUUUUUAUAUAUAUAUAUAUAUAAGUUUUAAAAUCAAAUUUUGAUCAUAAGUUGUAAAAUUGUAAUUAUUAUAGCUUUUCAAACCAUGUAUAACCGAACUUUGCUUUGAAUCGUUUUUCUCGUUAGCAAUGGUUUAUCCUUGGUUACAUGCUUAAAUUAAAUAACUUAAUGUAUUCCGCCUUCCCAACUACUUAUCCAUAACAGUCAGUGGCCGCACCCGUUCCCAGUAUCAGUUAUUUUUUUUAUCACAUGAUAAUUUAAAGUUUUGGUCUCAACGUUUAGCUGUAUACAGAGUGUUUUACAAUGAUAUUCGUAUCCUAAUAAUUCUGUCAAUAUUUAUUAUUUUUUUUCAAACGGAUUUUGUGCGAGGAGGGACACGUAUCACUUAUUAACAUUUUUAAAAUAGUCAUUUUGUAAAAGAUAUUAUUCUAAACAUAUUAAUGUAACAUACAUUUAUAUCCGAUCAAUAGUUUACUAGUAAUAACCGUUUUAAUUUCUAGAAAAUUGACGUGAAAACAAUAAAUGUUUAAUAGAAUAACACGUUACGCGAUUAGGAAUCACAAUCAGCACGGUAAUUUCUAAUCUUUUUUUAAAAUAUUAUUCGUUUUCACGUUUAUUUUCUAUACAUUAAAUCCACUAUAAGUAAGAAACUUGUAAAAAAUUAUAAGAAUAUCAUAUUUUUGUCUUAUGUUUUUUUAUUUAUAACUAAGUGAGUUAAAAAUCUGUUCCAUACCCUGGUGAAUUCAUAUUUGUGUUUUUUUUUUUCAUUUUUGGUAAUUUUUCUGUACAUACAAACGUAUAUUUAGUUAGUAAAUUUGUUUUGCUUAUUUAAUCAAUUUUUAAUGAUUUUUAUCCUACAAAUUAACAUUUGAAUAAAAAACCUGUUUCAAUAAUAUAGCGUGUUCAAACUUAAAAUAUAAAAGUAUAUACUUUAUUUAUACUAUAUUACUUUAUUAUCUACCAGAAUAUUAAUUUUUUUUUUGUACAUAUUUUUUCAAUUUUUCCUCCUAUAACUUCUCAUCCCUAAUUAUUAGCAUAAGGAGAACACUGCAGGGCAUCCUUUAUACUUUAUGGGUUUUAGAUUCAGUAAUGACUUAAACAUUGUUACUGUAAUUGAGGUAAAAAAAGUUUGGAACUAUCAAAUAAUUAUUAUCUAAAAAUUAAUAAUUUAUCAACAAAAAAAUGUAAAUGUAAAUGUAAUGCUUAUAAAAUAACACCCAUACAGCUAUUAUUUAUCACAAAUAUAAUUAAAUUUUAUAUUUAAACUUAUAUUUUUUUUUCUAUUUAUAUACAGAAAACUUGGACUUGAUUUAGUACCAAGAUGUGGUGCCGAAAUGGUUGAUCCAGCAACAAUAAGUGCUUUAGAAUUAUAUAAAGUCGUAUGUUAUAUUGUAUACUUAUUUUUUUAAAUCUUUUGUAUUUAUAAUUGUAUAAAAAAUUUUUUUUUACAAAUUUCAGCAUGUUCAAAGUUCUGAAAACAUCCAAGGUGUAUCGGUUAGUAUAUUUAUCUUAGUCUAAUAUUAAAAUGCUUACAUAUUUAUUUACAAUUGAAGGCUCGAGGUACUAUAAGAAGACCCAGGGAUACAUCUAAAAUUCAAACACGUCAUAUGUUUAUGUGUAUGCGAGACUUUGGUUACCAUAUUGGGGAAGAAACCGAGGUAUACUUUUCACUAUAUGAUGCUAAAAAUUUUAAAUUUAUUAGGUAAGAUUUAUUUUCUUACUAAACUUAAUAAUAAAAAUAUAGACCAAUUUUAAUAUAUAUUUUUAUUAUUUUCAGUGAACGAUUUUUAGUAAAAAUAUCCAAAGAAGGCUUUUCAAAUUACAUAGAAAAAUUACAUAAUAAUUGCACAAUUUUUACUGUAAGUAAGAAUUUUAAACUGUUUAAUUUAAUAAAUUGUAACAUUGCAAUUAUUUUCAGGAACUUGGUUUGCAAGAUUUAUCUCGUGACUUGUAUAUUGUUGCUCAUGUAAUGCGAAUUGGUAAAAUGGUAUAUUCUGAAUCAUCAAAAAAAGUAUCAAUGUCAUCUUUAGCACCAACACCGGUAUCUUACUUCAAACGUCCUCUCGGUGUUGCUGUUUUAAAUAUAAGUGAAAUUUUGACUUCCAAUAGUAGUGAUGAAAAAGAAUUUACAUUUCGAGUAUUCCAAAUAGACGAAAAAGAUUUUUGUCAAUUACAUGACACAUUAAUACGUAAACAAAACAGUAAAUACAGUCCAUUAUCUAGCCAUCCGAAUUAUGGUAUCGUUAUAUCUCUGCGGAUACUUGAUGGCGAUCUUCGACAAAUACGUGAAGAAAACCCUUUGGCUUUUAAAAACGUUUCAACUACCAAAAAAAUGGGAUUCCCAGAUGUUAUAAUGCCUGGUCAUGUAAGAAACGACUUGUAUUUGACACUGGAACGAGGAGAAUUUGAAAAAGGGGGUAAAUCGACUGGAAAAAAUAUAGAAGUUUCUGUCAUGGUUUUGGAUUAUGAAGGUAAUAUUGUUCCUAAUUGUAUAUGGGGUGCAUCUGGUACAGAUCCAUCCACUGAGUAUCAUUCUAUGAUUGUUUAUCAUCACAAUGCUCCAUGUUGGAUGGAAACUAUCCGGCUGGCUGUUCCCAUUGAAAAGUACAAUAUUGCACACAUACGUUUUGAAUAUAGACACUGUUCAAGUAAGUUACAAAAUAAAAAUGUGUACAUAUAAAUUUUUGUAAUUAAUUUUUUUUUACGUAUUCAUUUUAGCUCGAGAUAAAGCAGAUAAUAAAAAAUUAUUUGGUAUAUCGUUUGCACGGCUAAUGGAACCUGAAGAAGCCACUUUAUUAGAUGGAAUACAUGAAUUGUUUAUAUAUCGCUGUGAUGAACGUACAAAGCCACAUCCAGUAGAUUAUUUAGGCCUAGCUGCUAGUUUACACGAAUCAUCUACUUGGUCUACUUCACCAGGACCUGGUUCUGUAUUCACAUGUAGCCAUAAAGAAAUAAUGACAAUUCGUACUAUGUUGUGUUCUACUAAAUUAACACAAAAUGGUAAGAAUUGAAUUUAUAAUUGUAAUAGUUUUUAAUGUUUUUUUUUUUUUAUCGUUCAAAUAUUUUUCAAUUUCUAUAGUCAAAUGUUUCCAAAACAUCAUCAUCUAUUUAAAUUAUUAUAUAAAUUAAUAAUGACAAAUUUGAAAAUUAGAACAUUCCGUGCAAGCUUUUCCUAACUUAUUUUAUAUUAUAUAUUAUGUAACAAUAAUUAUAUUUUAUAGUUGAUUUGUUAUCAUUAUUACAAUGGAAAGAGGCUAAAGAACCUCAUCAAAUUCAAGAUGCUCUUACGAAAGCUUUGCGUUUAGAUGGAGAAGAACUAGUGAAAUUCUUACAAGACAUAUUAGAUGCACUUUUCUCAAUGUUUUCUACAGAUGAUGGCAAUUCAACCAGUCACUCUGGGCUUGUAUUUCAUGUUUUAGUCAGCAUUUUUAGUUUACUCUAUGAUAGUAAAUUUGAACAUUUUAAACCAGUUAUGAAUGCUUAUAUCAAAGAACAUUUUGCAGCAGCUUUAGUUUACAAGUAAUCAUGUUGUCAUUAAAAAUAUAUUUUUUUUUGUACACAAAUUAUAAUAAAAUACAUGUAAACAUUUUAUAAAUAAUAUUUAAUUUAUAUUCUAUUUAGAGGAUUAUUGAGCAGUGUUCAACAUUGUGCAGAAUUAGUUAUGUCUACAGACCGACAAGAGCCAAUACAAAAAUGUUUCCGUUCAUUAGAAUAUAUUUUUAAAUUUGUUAUUCAGUCUCGUUUAUUAUUUUCUCGAGCAACUGGAGGCCAAUUUGAAGAUAGUUUCCGUUAUGAUGUGCAUCGUGUAUUUGCUUCAUUAGAUAAAAUGUUGUGCUCAUCUUUUGAAAUGAUUUUACCUACUCAGGUAUGAAAUAAUUUACUUAUGAUUAUACUUUUAUAUUCUUUGUAAAUUAUAAUGCCAUCCCUUAGAUUGCACUAUUGCAAAGUGCGAGUGCUGUAUUUGACCAAUUAGUCCAAGUUUUACCUGUAAUUGAAGUGGCAAAACUUGGUGUGUCAAUGUUAGAUUGUUUGCCAUCACGUGAUUUACCUACUCCAUUAACACAAGCAAAAUUAAGUGCUAUUAAAGAUUUAGUUGCUGGCAAGGUGUUCAAAGACGAUGGUAAUAUCUGAAAUAAUAUGUUUAAUUAGAUUAAAAUGAUAAUAUAACUAUAUUAAUGAGACCUAUUACUUAAAGUAAUUAGGUAAUAAUAAUAAAAAAAACUUGAGCCAAACUAAUUUUUAAUCUUAACAUUUAAAGAAAAUUGUAUUAGGGUUUUUUUUUUUUUUUGUGUUAAAUUACAGAAGCAAGAAAUUUGUUGUUGAUAACAAUAUGUAAACAUUUGAGAUAUCACAUUAGUGCUAGAGAAGAAAUUCAACUUUGUACAGACAUUCUUGGAGAAAUUUUAACAUUUCUAUUCCACCUAAAUCGAUUACACGACAACAAUAAAGUUAACAUUUGUUUUCGUCGUGAUUUAGAAAUUUUAAGUCUUAGUACAUUAGAUAUGUUGAUUGAGACAUGUCUUAUUGUUAUAGAUAGAAUGGUUUCUGUUUUAGUAAGUUAAUUUUUACUUCUUCUAUUCUGAAUGAUUAUCAAUAUAAUUUAUUUCUACUUUUCAGGCAAACAUGGUUGCAUGCUUAGUAUCUUUAUUACAACUGCUGGAUGAUUAUCAUUAUAAACGACUGUGGGAAGAAUUAGGGGAUCGUAAACCAUUAAAAGAUUUUCUACUGAGAGCAUUUUUAUUGUUUAGGCAUUUAAUUAAGCAUGAUGUGUUUCCAACAGACUGGAUGGUUAUAAAAAUGACUACUAACAAUGUAAUUUUAGCAGCGUUACAACAAUUAGCUAAGCCACUAGUAUUUUGUUUCUUAGAAACAUGGCCACAUUUCGAUUAUCAAGUGUGGUCAACUUAUUUUAAAUUAGCUGUAGCAUUUCUCACUCAACCAGCACUUCAAUUGGAAACAUUUACAAGUGUUAAACGCACAAAGAUUAUUGAGAAAUAUGGCGAUAUGAGAGUACUAAUGGGAUAUCAAAUAUUAUCAGUGUGGUCUAAACUUGGUAAAAUCAUAUUUGCAUUUAAGAAAAAUACCAAUUAACUUAAACACAAUAUUUUUAGGUGAUCAUAAGAUCAAUUUUAUACCUUCAAUGGUAGGACCAUUUCUAAAAGUGACAUUGGUGCCAGAAGCCGAAUUGCGAAAAGCAACACUUCAUAUUUUUUUUGAUAUGAUGGAAUGUGAACAACGAGCCCGAGGUAAUUUUAAAGAGGUUGAAUCAGAACUUAUUGACAAAUUGGAUUAUCUGAUAAGUGAAAACAAAGGAGAUGAUGAAUACAGACAACUGUUUAAUACUAUGUAAGUUUCGCAAAAUACAAUUUAUUUAGUUAGUAAAUAAUUAUAAUUAUUAUUUUGUGUAUGCUGCAUUUAGGGAAAAUUUAAGUAUAGUGUAAGUUAAAUAAAAUAUCAUAAUAAUUGUUAGUUAGUUAAAUAAUUAUAUUUAUUAUUAGUCUUUUAGAAAGAGUACAUCAAGAAGAACAGGAUGGUAGUUGGCAAGAAACAGGUUCAGUGUUCAUUCACUCUGUUACUCGAUUAUUGGAACGGUUAUUAGAUUAUAGGAGUGUUAUGCGCGGUGAUGAUAAUCGUGACAAACGUAUGUCAUGCACAGUGAACUUGUUGAAUUUCUACAAAAAUGAAUUUGAUAGAAAAGAAAUGUACUUAAGGUACAUUUAUAAACUUCAUGAUUUGCAUGUGUCUGCUGAUAAUUUCACCGAGGCUGGAUUUACUCUAAAGCUUUAUGCUGAUCAACUGACCUGGACAGAUGAAUCAGUAUUACAAGGUGAUCCAGCCACUUCCAUUUUUCAAUGGCAAAGAAAAGAACAGUUAUAUCAUGAAAUUAUACAAUAUUUUGAUAAAGGAAAAGUAGGUUUCAUAAAAGAUUAAAAGAUUAAACAAUUUUUGUUGUUAAUUAUUUUAUUUGUACAGUGCUGGGAAAAAGGAUUACCUUUACUUAAAGAAUUGUCAGAUUUUUAUGAAAAACAAUUAUUUGAUUACACUAGAUUAAGUGCAGUAUUGAAAACUCAAGCCAAAUUUUGUGAUCAUAUUCUUACUCAAUUACGUCCAGAACCAGAAUAUUUUAGAGUUGGAUUUUAUGGCCAAGGAUUUCCUCUAUUUGUUCGAGUACACAAUAUUUAUUAUUUGAGUUUAAAUUUAUGAAAUAUUGUCAAUUUAACCUAAACAUUUUUUUACAGAAUAAAAUCUUUGUAUAUCGAGGUUUAGAAUAUGAACGCAUGGAAGCUUUUACUCAACGAUUACAAACAGAGUUUCCAACUGCACAAUUACUAACAAAAAAUAGUCCACCAUCGCAAACAAUUUUACAAUCUGAUGCCCAGUGUUAGUGAUUUUUCUAUGUUAUAUAAUAAAGGUUUAAAUUUUAAAAUGCAUUUUUUGUUUAGAUAUCCAAAUUUGCAAUGUAAAACCAUUUCCAGACAUUGGUCCACCUUCUUCUGAUAAACCUUUAGCUAUGGUGCCUGAAAAAGUUGGACGUUUUUACGAAGUAAAUGAUGUGUGUACUUUUCAAUUAGACCGACCCAUGCACAAAGGUCUGGUUGACCGGGAUAAUGAAUUUAAAAGUCUUUGGUUGGAACGUACUACUUUAAUUACUAGUGAACGGCUACCUGGUAUACUUAGAUGGUUCGAGGUUAUUAAUACAACUACUGAAGAAGUGCCACCUGUUAAAUUUGCAUGUGAAACCAUAGAUUCUGUUAACAAAAAUUUAAAACUUUUAAUAAAUCAGUACACAAACGAACCCAAAAGAAAUAUUAAUCCAUUAAGUAUGAGACUUCAAGGAACAAUUGAUGCCAACGUAAUGGGUGGUAUAUCUAAAUAUCAGUCUGCAUUCUUUUCUCAAGAUUUCAUACAAAAUAAUCCGCAAUAUUAUUCACAUGUUUUGCAUUUAAACUCGUCCAUAAAUCACCAAGUAUGAUAUUUAUUUAAUUUAAUAAUAUCUUGUAUGUUGUAUAUAUUACACAUAUUACACAUUUCAUUUUUUUCUAGAUUGAAAUAGUAGAAAAUGGAUUAUUGAUUCAUGGUCAGUUGGCUCCAACAGAAGUACAACCUCUUCAUCAUCGUUUAGUAGAACGUGUGGUACAAUUAAAACAAAACUUAAGAGCUCCACCACCACCAGAAAGUAUAGUGAAGUAUGACUAUUGAGUAUACUAAAAUAUAAUGUAAAUAUACAUAAUCAACAAUCUGAUUUUAGUUCUCCAUUACCACCAAUACCGACUGUUCCAAUUGAUAGUAAUUUUCAUUUCCGUUCUUCUGAAGAGUACACAAAUACAGUGAUUUACUUUGAUGAACGUCGUGGGGAAUAUGAAGAUAUAUAUAGUAAGACUUUUGAUUUGCCAAAUUCAUGUGCUCCAGCAGUGCCACAUCGUGAAAAUCGACUUAAGUCAGAAGGAUCCUUACCAAACAAUAAGAUUAAGUAAAUAAAUAAUAUUUAUAUGAGUAUUAAAUGAUAUUUUAUGGUAUUAUUUGUUACUUAAAAUGGUGUUAAUAUUUGUGAUUAUUUAGAUCUGAUAUGAAAUCAAAUGCCUGGAAACCAGGAAGUCCUAAUUUGCCAAGACAUUCAGUAGAUAGUUGUGUAAGAAAUUCGUGGCCUCUUGAAGAUAGUUCUCCACCACCAUUGCCUCCAAGAGGUAUAUUUUUAUUAAAUUCAUAAAAUGUUUUUAUUCAUGCAUUAUUCUUUAUUAGCUCCAGAAAGAAGAAUCAGUGAUGCACCCCCAUUACCACGGAGAUUACCAAUGAGACGCGUGAGUAGUUUUUCUAUUUGUGUUGAUUUUUGUUUAAAAUUAUAAUUUAUUGUAAUUUUUCUUUUUAGGAUUCUGAAAUGACUGAUAUAGAUACACUAGUGUUGCGUGAUUCUGGCUAUUCAGAAUCCUUACAUUCAGCAUCAUAUGAGGAAUUUGUGUUACCUUCAAUAGAUAAGAAUAAAACACCACCUCCUUUGCCACCUAAGAACACACAAUCUCAUACAAAUUCUGAGCCAAAUGGUAUAAAUUAAAUAAACAAACUUCUUUAAGUUUAUAUGAAUGUCAUGUUUUUUUGUUUUUUUUUUUUUAAGACCUAACAAUCUUAGAAAACUAUUCUGUGCCAGGAGGAACAAUGCGACGUUUGGAUUCCAGCCCCUAG